AUGACAGCUAAUACAGCCAAUACAGUUGUCGCUUUUGAUUUAUAUGGCACUUUACUCUCAACUCAAUCGAUCGCCAAACACUUAGAGAAACAUUAUGACAAUGCCAAGGCGCAGUCUAUCUCCGCGCUCUGGAGGCGGUAUCAACUGGAGUACACAUGGAGAUUGAACAGCAUGGGCCGCUAUGAAGACUUCUCAGUCAUCACUCGUAAUUCCCUACUGCACGCGCUAGCCGAUAACAACGAGCAGCUGAGCAACGACAACAUCGAACGCUUGAUGCAAGCUUACGAUAGUCUCUCUACAUUUUCUGACGUGAAUCCAGCUUUGAUCAACAUCGCUGCAGACCCAACCAUCCAAGCUGUUAUAUUCUCCAAUGGGACGAAAACCAUGGUAACCAACUCGGUGUUGCGAUCAAAGGACCUUUCGCCGCACGCGAGUGUCUGUCAAGAAAUCGUCACCAUAGACGAAGUCCAGCAAUAUAAGCCAUCAAAGGCAACCUACGAGCACCUAGCGAAGCAGAUAGGCCAAGAUCCGUCGCAGAUGAGCAAACUUUGGCUGGUUAGCGGCAACCCUUUCGACAUUGUCGGGGCGCGCGCUACAGGCAUGCAGGCUAUAUGGGUUGAUCGUGUUGGUACAGGAUGGAAGGACGCCAUGGCUCCAGAUCUACAACCAACGGCCAUUGUACACAGUCUGGAGCAAAUUGUGAACGAGAUUCAUAGCCGUCGCCUUUAA